UGUGAGCGUUGAGGAAAGGCAGAAGGCGCAGGGCGUCCGUGGGGUAAGCACCGGGCGGAGGGCGGCGGCGGAAUAAGCCAGGACGUAGACGAACAAGCCCAAAUGACGCAAGGGCUUGACUCAACAUUGGACAGGAUAAUACUUGCAGGGAUACACGCGCGUAAAAGCUCAGAGAGACGCUCCAAACUUCCACACAUGACGUGAGGGCAGCUUUUGUUUUGUUUUUUUUGUUCCUUUCCCGCAGCGCAUCGAUGCAUACUUCCACCAUGACAUACGGGCUCUUACUUUUUCUUCCAUUUGUUCUCAGCACACGACGGCUUGCGCGUGAGACCGUUAUCUUCAAAGAGCCAUAUGCAAAGAGUCAAAAAGUUGUCACCACAUUUGGCAAAGAAUGUGCAUUUCCAUUUCGCCAGGGCGGAAGAAUUCAUCACCACUGCAUCACCGUCAUCGCCUCGAGACCGUGGUGCUCUCUUACGUCGAAUUUCGACCGGGACCGAAAGUGGGGCUUCUGUGCGCCAGAACGAAGACAUCCCAAUGUCUCUGUCCACACGUCGCGAAGGAUCACCGACCCGUGUCGAUUGAAGCCGUGUCAAAACGGCGGCAUCUGCACGCUCAUCCCCAAGAGCACCACAUUCGAGUGCUCCUGUCCUGAUGGCUUUUCCGGAAGACUUUGCGAGCGCAAACAGUGCUACGAAACUGUACACCUGCGGCAUUAUGACGCAGGAGAGUCUUGGGGCCGCAUUCAUCUCCGCAACGUGGAACAGUGCACGUGUCUCGGCGGCAAAAUCGAGUGUCAACGAGCCCGCUACACGCGGUGCCGCUCAAACCCGUGUCAGAAUGAUGGAACGUGCCGGUUGAUCACAGCCACCGGCAAGGAGGUGUGUAACUGCAGAUACGGCUACAGCGGACCGCACUGUAGCUUCAAGCCCGAAAGCGAGUGCUACAACAGCCGGGGCAUGAGCUACCGAGGCGUGGUGUCCACGACGGCGUCUGGCGCCCGUUGCCUGCCGUGGAACUCAGACCUGCUGUACAACGAGCUCCACGUGGGAACGGUGGCUGCGGCGGCCCUCAGGGGCCUCGGGGAGCAUGCCUUCUGCAGGAAUCCUGAUGGCGACAAGAUGCCGUGGUGCUACACUCUGAGCAAGGGCGCCAUCUCCUGGGAGUACUGCGCAGUGCCCUCCUGCAAGAUGCCAGUGUCGUCUUCUCGUAGGAUGAACACAAACACGCUACCCGAAUUGGGCGACUCGGACAAAUCUGUGGCAGACAAGAAACCAGUGUGCGGGACAAAGCACAAAAAGCGAGUGCCCGGAGCCAGGGGAAGGAUCAUGGGAGGAAACUUGGCUCUGCCGGGGAGCCACCCUUGGAUGGCGGCCAUUUACAUCGGCCAGUCGGACUUUUGCGCCGGGACCUUGAUCGCCUCUUGCUGGGUCAUCUCGGCGGCCCACUGCUUCUUCCGCAACCCCCUGAUGUCACAGCUUCGCGUGGUGCUCGGCCAGCACCACUUCAACGUCAGCGGUCCCGACACGCGCACAUUUGGAGUGGACAAGUACAUCUUUCCUAAACAGUUCUCCGUGUUCAACCCGACACUCCAUGACAUUGUUCUCGUCAAAUUGAAGAAGCAGGAUGGUCACUGUGUGAAGCGGACGCCGUUCAUCAGGCCCAUUUGCCUUCCCGAAAAUGGCGUGGCCUUCCCAGACAACUACUGCUGCUCCAUCAGUGGCUGGGGACACAUGCAUGAGAAAGCAGAUCGUUAUUCUAGCCUGCAGGAGGCGGGCGUGAGACUGAUCCGCCAUGACACCUGCAAGAGGCCAGGGGUGUACGGCAACCACGUCACCGCAGAUAUGAUUUGCGCUGGCCUCAACGGCUGUGUGGACGCUUGCCAGGGGGACUCUGGGGGCCCGCUGGCCUGUGCGAAGGACGACGUCAACUUCCUGUAUGGGAUCAUCAGCUGGGGAGAGGGCUGCGGCCGCUCAGGAAAGCCGGGCGUUUACACUAAAGUUGCCAACUACAUGGACUGGAUCAAUUCUGUGAUCAGACGGAAGGCCAAGAAAACGUGAAAGAAGAUUCGUGACUAGUGUAAAAAUAGGAAUAUUUUUGUUUGGUUGUUAAUUGUUGAUGACCUUUCUCCCACUGUGAAACAAUAAAAGACUGACAAAGUACGAGUAAACAUUUA